CUCCCGGGGGUGGGUGCCCAGAGGGCGCCCCUGACCCGGGACUCGAAGCCUGAAGCAAGCCGCGGGGUGGGGUGUGUGUAUGUUUGGGGGUGUCAUUUCUUGAGUAACGCCUCGGUCUGUGAAAGCCGCCGGGGGGGAGCCCCCGGUCUGGCCCCGUCCCAAGUCGGCCGUCCUUUCUGAGUCAACCCCAACAAAAAAGGCAGGAGGAACAUCAGCCCCUCCGCGUGCGCGGGCCUCCUGGGCAGGGGCUGCGUGCAGAUGGCGGCGCGCCCGGCCGCCGCUGGGUUUGGCUCCAGUGGGACAAAGAAUUUUCAGAACCGUGAGGAGGAGAGGCCUUCCAAAGUUGAGACCCAAGUUCUGGGUGCUGUGGGAGACCCCAGCGUGGGGCGCACCCCCUGCCCAACUGGAGCCAUUUAAAAAUGGCAGAAAGGGCUGCAGGCCGCAUCCCACAGGCAGGAAAACCGCCCGCCCUGCAGGGUUCCCAGUGGGAGGGCUGGAGCUGUCCCCUGCCUUGGGGCCUGGACCUGGGUCCUCCUAGCCCUGAGGCCUCCUGGCCCUGCCUGGGAGGAGAGGCAGGGCAAGGGCCAGCUCCCACCCUCUGCUCCCCACGGCGAGGUGGGGUGCCUGCUCCCUGGGGUCCCAGAGGCUUUGGCACCCUCCCAGCUGCUCUGCAGGGAGGACAGCUGGAGGUUAGGAGCUGGGCCACCCUGCCUGACUCCAGAGCAGCCUUCCUGGAGACCUCCCGUCCUGCCGGGGCCACCGCGGGUCCGGGCCCCACAGGUGAGGGCAGAGAAUGUGUCUCCCUCCUUGUGUUUUGGGAAACGCGUCAUGUCCUCUGAGGACCUCAGGCUCCGAGGGCUCCUGCUUGCGCGCCCAGUUAACUCCCUUGCUGUGACCUUGGGCAGAUCAUGUAACGUCUCCCCCUUGGGGCCAGGGUCCUGUGCGCUGCCCCUCCUGGGGUUGUGGAGGACGAAUCAGACGGUGCCUGGCAGACCCCUUAUUCCUGCAGACAGGGCCGCUCCUGAAACAUCCCUACCUGAAGGCGGACUCCGCAGAAGCUUGGCUUUGCUGAUUCCCCACUCUCCCCCCAGCAAAAAAAGGCCUCACCCAGUUUCCUAGGCGUCCCGGCCCCCUGAAAAGCCAAAUCUCACCUUCACGGCUUCUCCAGAUGGGUGUUCCAGCAAGUCCUCGGGGCUUUGGGUUGUUUAUUAACUGUGUGGCCAUGGACCAGGCCUUUAACCACUGGCUGGGAUGUGGCCGGGUUGCUAGAUUUAGCAAAUCAAAUUACGAAGACACCCAGGUGCAUUUGAAUUUUCAACAACGAAAUAAUAAAUAAAGGGCGUUUUUAAAAAUACCCUUUUAAGUGUAAGUAUAUCCCAUGCGAUACUUGGCAUAUACUUACACUUAAAGACUUGCACACGUCCCUGAAAUUCUUCCUUCAUUCUGUAGCCUGUCUUUUAUGCAGAGAACAGAGGUGUCUGACCGCCACUCAGCCUGUGAGCCUGGGGUGGUAUUUCUUCUCAGCCCGUGACCCCUAAAAACCCCCCCUCUGCCAGUCAUGCCCUUCCCUGGGCCCCAGGAAAAUCCAGCAGCUGGGGCCCAAGUCCUGUCCUCCCUUCUGUCUCCCGACGGGGCAGGCGGGUGGUGUGAGGCAGCCAGAAGAUGGCUGAAGGAGAAACAAAAUGGUGGGCCCGCUUUUGGGAAACUGGGCCAGAGGUGGGAGGCAGGGGCCGGUGUCCCGGAGUGGGGGUCAGAGUCGUGGGUGGAGAAGCAGGCCUAGGCCAGGGUCCUCGGGGACGCGUGAGGACUAAGAGGCUGUCCCCGGGGAAUGUCACCUCUGUAGCUUUCAUCAGACACGAAGCCUGAGUGGGCCUGGCCUAGUGGACAUGAGGCUGGCCAUCGGCCAGGCCUCCGAAGGUGUCAAGAACUAGCCUUGGGGAGUGAAUACAAGGUGGGGGGCUUAGAGCUCUCUGGGGGGCCAGGACUGUUGUGUCACCACGUGUAGCCCUGGGCCAGGAGAACACUGACGGCCUGGGGACUCUGGGGUCCUGUGCAGGAGCCAGGGCUGGGGCCGAGCGUUUGGGGCUGAGCCUCUAGCGGGGACCUCAUUCAGUCCAUCUGUCCGGGGGGUGCAAGUACCACAGUACCCUCUGGGGGAAGCCCUGCGGGCCCCGUAACCAGGUGGUGUUUGUGGUAGUAGCUGGGGAUCUGGAGUUUAUGUGGCGCCUUGAUGCUUUUUCUUCAAGUUCAGCAGUUGGCUCAGAUUUUUUAAAGCACCUUGUGGCUUCUGGCUGCUCAUUUGGCAUCCAGGAUGCCAGCUAAAGUUUGCACACUGGCUGGGGGGGACUUGACCUCCCCCAGUUUCAGUCCGACAGGGAAGGUGACAGUUCCCGCCUGUCCCGGGUGCGACACGUGCACAACUGAGAAGAUGAGAGCCCCGGUGUAUGUCAUGGAAAGUGGGUCUGGCCCCCCCCAGGGAAGGCACAGACCCCCGCACACACAGUUUGGGGAGCAGAGAUGUGCUCGGUUUGGUUCUCUGGCGUUGAGUGUGCUAAGGGCCCAGGACCCCUUAUGGUGAGGGGCACUGGUGGCUCUUAGGUGUCCCACCAGCAUGGCAGGACCACCUGUACCAGGUGUGCGUCUGGCCCUGGUGCCCAUUGUGGGCCUCUGAAUCAGCUGACCUUUUCCUGGGGUGUCUAGGAGAGUCAGAACUGCUCCCUGCUGCCUGCCUGGGGCGCUCUCCUCUUCCGCGCCCUGGGGUGUAGGACCUUGGGCUUUCACUCCAGCUUCAGGGCAGGAAGUGGCCUGGCCGCAGGCAGGGGGUCAAAGACUCGGUUUGCAGCUGUGGCCAUGCUCCCGAGCAUGGUGGCUUGCAGGGGAGGGCGGUGAUUACUCCUUCCUGGAAGCCAGUUGUUCCAUCACCUUCGCAGUGCUGUGACUUUCUUCUUCUCAUUCACAAACUGCCUCUAGUGGCUGGGGUCUCAUGAGGGUGCCCAGGCACACGUGGGCAUCAGAGCAGAUGGCCAACGGGGCGGAGGUCACUGACUGCUGCCACGGUCCAGGCCAUGUUUCUCAGCCACAGCCUCUCUGUACCAACACCUGGGGUGGGCACUGGGUUGCAGCCACAGCCUCAACUUUGCCCUGUGCCCUCGCACCCUUGGUGCUCCCUGCAGCAUCGACCCGAAGGGAGAAGAAGUGGGUGACUGUGGGUGACACAUCCCUUCGAAUCUACAAGUGGGUCCCCGUGACGGAGCCCAAGGUUGAUGAUAAAAACAAGAACAAGAAAAAGGGCAAAGAUGAGAAGUGCGGCUCGGAGGUGACAACCCCGGAGAACAGCUCCUCUCCGGGGAUGAUGGACAUGCACGAUGAUAACAGUAACCAGAGCUCCAUCGCUGACGCCUCCCCCAUCAAGCAGGAGAACAGCAGCAACUCGAGCCCAGCUCCAGAGCCCCCCUCCACCGUGCCUGGGGACGGCGGUGAGGCCAAGGCAGAUGAGGCCCAGGCCGAUGGGAAGGAGCUGCCCGGAGCUGAAGAUGCUUCUGACGAGCAGAACUCACAGUCUUCGAUGGAAAACUCGAUGAACAGUUCAGAGAAAGUAGAACGGCAGCCGUCUGGAGACGCGGCCCUGCCCGCCGAGACGCCGGCAAUCUCUCAGGAUCUGGAAGGAGGGCCGCCCUCUAAAAAAAUGAAACUGGAGACUUCGCAGCCAAACUCCGAGGAGAUGUAGAUGCCAGGCUUGACCCCCCGGCCCAUCGGCGGGGCUGCGUCCGCAGGCUUAAUUCCAGAACAACUCUGACCCGAGCGGCUCCCCAGGGCCGCGAACAGAACUACUAACUCUCAAGUUUACCAAGUGCGCACCCAAGACCAGCUGGAGCGGCGUCGCUUCCCAGACACUGCAGGACUCUGCUGUGAAGCGCAGCCCCGGAGCCGGCGGCCGUCCCGGGGCAGGUGGGCGGCCGCGCGGGAGCGCCUGCACAGUCCCUGAAGCCAAGAUCACAUUUGUGUUGCUGCUGUAUCCCCCCACUUCUCUCUUUUGACGAUAUAAGCUAUUGGAGGGAGCCCCCGAUCAGGAACCCGCUGUUCGUCGGGGUUCUCCCUGUUCACCUGAUUCCUUCCGCUUUCUUUUUUUGUGCCUUGUGCCCUUGAGGUGACCUCUGGCAUGUUUUCCUGGUUGUGUUGCAUCUCCCUUUGCCAAGUGCCCUCAGUUUCCCUCUUCCGUGCGCACCUCCCUCCAGCCCCCAGCGGCCCCGGACUUCAGUGGGGGCCCAGCGGGCACAGAGGGGCGGCCUGAGGCUGUGAAAGAGCAGGACCACCCCGCCCGACACCUGUUCCUAGGAACAGGGGGCUUGGCCACCCGAGCCAGGGUUGGGGGCAGCACCAGCCUCAUGGGGCUGGGGAAUCUCAGAUGUCGGGGUGCUGUCCCCAAGGGCUGGCCACUAUACACCCUCCCUUUUUCGGGUCACCAAGGCUGGUGUCUCCAAGCUCACCGUAGCCCAACUGAGAAGCCGAGCCCUUAGAUUGUUCUGGAACUUCCACCUGCUGCCCCCACCGCCCCGCUCUCUCCCAUCCCCUCCGAAGAAGAAGCGGCUCCUGUGGCUGACUGCCGGCCUGUCUCCUCUCGAGAUAAAAGGGCUGUGGAGGCCGGGAGCGGAUGGCAGGGCUGGUGCUGAACCCUCACAGGACCUCGCUUGGAUUUCAAAUCCACCGUGACCCGCCGCCCUCUGCCCCCCACCUCCCGAGGCCCCCCCCAGGAAGGCAGCUUCUGCCUAACCUUCAUGACUCUCAGAGCCGACCCUUGAUGGGGUCUCGUUCCCAGGACGCGCCGUGGUCCUGGCACGGCACGCGGGCCUGGGUGGCCGGGCCUCGAAGGCCAGAAGCCAGGCUCAGAGGAAUUGGAAAGCUUUGCACUCCUCCGACCUCCGGAAAGGGGUGGUCAGACCCCUCCCGCCUCCACCCCGCGUGUCCGGGACUGCCCCUCGCCACAUGGAGACGCCCCUUCUGACACGCCUGACUGGUCUGAGGCCUGGUUCGCUCUUCAUUUGGAUACGACUCCUCAGACCUCGAACCUCUUCCCGAGCUUUCUUCACUGCACUGGAGUUCCAGCUCCCCCGCUGCUGGGGGAGGGGCGGGGUGGGGUUUUGUUGGUUUUCGUUUUAUUUUUGUUUUUGUUUCUGUUUUUUUGCUAAUCGGUGCAUAUUCAGGUACCACCUUCGAUGUGUGGAUCUUCCUCCUCACCACCCAGGGAAGCGUCUGCCAGAUUCCAUUUUCUAAGAGUUUCUGAGAGCGAGGCUCUUAUUUUUUUGAAGGGAGCCAAUCUAUUUCCUGCACUUCAAGAAGAAUCAAAAUGUUCCUGAAUUUCAAAUACCUCAUGCAAAAAUAUCUCCUGAAAUAAGGGAAAAAAAAACAAACUUUGAAAAUCUUAAUGUUGAAGUUUAGUGAUACCGAAAGGUUUCUGUCUUAAAAAAAAAUAAUGCUUAUCAAUUUGCCCCUCGGCAGGCGGGUCCGGGGCGGGCGGCUCUGCUCUCCUCUCAGCGGAUCUCACGGCGGCUUUACCUCCAGACCCCGUAGUUAGAGAAACGUUUCUUUGCAGCAAAACUCCAUGUUGACAGCAGAUGCAUUUGGAUACUGAUUUCCUUUCCUUCUUGGGAAACGAGAGGUCACACCGAGACAGCUGAAGGAGACUCACACACAGGCCUCCACGGACACGCAAGUCAGCCUGGGGCGCCCGGCGCCCCUGGCGGCCUCCCCGGACAGGCAAGGGGAGUCGACGCGGUUGAGGUGAGGAUGGAGACGGCACCCGCGAUGCUGUCGUUAGUUUUUUUCUGAAGUGCCUGAAGGUAGGAAUGGGCCUGUGGUCGGGACCAGAGGCCCCGCCAGCGCCACGCCAGGCACAGGCCCCCGGCCCUGCACUCAGCGCUGGCCAGGAGGGCCUUCCACGCAGACCAAUCUGACUGCAAAAAUCCAGAUGUGCUUCCUUCCCCGACGCAGUCUGCUCCUCGGAGCCGCUGUCCCCCACCCCGCCCGCGCCCCUCGCCCUCCUCCCACCACGAAUCUAAGACCUUUCAGCCGGCCGAGCCAGGCGCGGGGGUCCCCAGCGAAUGCCUUCCGAGGACACCAGGCCCCACCCGCGGCCUAAAGGGCUCCCAGGGCAAACUUACUCCCCACACGACUUGAAGUGGGGGACGCUGCGGCUACACAUUCCACAAAGUGCUGGCACUUAACACCGUCCCCGGAAGGCAGUGACCGAUUCAUCUAGGGUGGUGACCUCCCGUCACAAAUGAUGUCAUGGUUUGGAAUGUCCAUGAUGGCCAAGGACCUGGUUAGAGGUAUAAAGACCUUUAUUUACCCUGACCUAAUGGUUUUUUUUCCUCUUACGAUUUUUUUUUUUUUUUGUGUGUUGUACAGCAGUAUGAUUUUUCACUUAUUUAUUCCAUCAGUAGAUAUGGUUUGUACAAUGUACAAUGGUUCCAUUUCAGAAAAUAAAAAAAAAAAAUUAAAUCGUGCACCCCGGGAU